AAAGUGAAGAACUAAUUGAUCAUGAUAAUCGAAGGGCUAUAAUUUUGUCUUAAAUUUUUUUUAUAAGACGUGGUUCAAUUUUUUAUAGUUGUAAUGGAAGCUGUCUCAAAACCAUCGGUGCAUAUUGUUCUAGUCCACGGCGCUUGCCACGGUGCGUGGUGCUGGUACAAGCUCAAGCCGCUGCUGGAGGCGGCUGGGCACCGUGUCACGGCCCUUGACCUAGCCGCAUCCGGCAUAGACCGGAGAAGCCUGGAAGAGGUCCGCAGCCUGGCCGAAUACUCGCAGCCUCUGCUUGAGCUGAUGGCCUCGUUGCCGGCGGCGGAGAAGGUGGUUCUGGUGGGCCACAGCCUUGGUGGAAUGAAUAUUUCACUUGCAAUGGAUAUGUAUCCUCACAAAAUUGCUGUUGCUGUUUUUAUUGCUGCUUUCUUGCCUGGCUCUACACCUCAGCUUUCGGAUAUAACUCAAGGAGAAGGGUGGUUAGACACACAGUACAUACCAUAUGGUUCCAAUGAAAAUCCUCUAACUUCGAUGCUCUUCGGCCCCAAUAUGCUUUCCUCCAAACUUUACCACCUUUCCUCACGUGAGGACUUGGAACUAGCAAAAAUGUUGGUAAGGCCAAGCUCUGUUUUUCAUGAAGAUUUAUCAAAGAUAGGUGCAUUAGUCACAAAGGAAGGGUAUGGAUCGGUGAAAAUGGCAUACGUUGUGUGCACAGAAGAUAAGAUUAUUCCAGAAAGUUGCCAACGCUCGCAGAUAGAAACAAAUGGUGUGGAUGAUGUGAAAGUGAUACAGAAUGCUGAUCACAUGCCUAUGAUCUCACAGCCCCAACACCUCUGCCAAUCUCUACUCGAGAUAGCUAAUACAUAUGCUUAAAUAUGUAGUAUAUUUUAUGGGGUCGUUCGAUUGCCAUGUUUCAAUGAUUUUGUACAACUUAUAAGCGUGUUUUCUUAGGCCAUAUAGUGAUGUCUCUUCCAAAAAAUGAAUUAUUGAAUCUAUUUAUACAAAAAUUAGAGGGAUGGGAGUGAAUGACCAUUCCACAUUACUUGAAA